AUGCAGAACGAACAGGCAAUUUUGCAAUGCAUUGAGCAGACAAUGGUGGCCGAUGCCAAGAUCAUCAGGGCUGCCGAAAUGCAGCUUUAUGAAUUUCAGAAGGUUUCCGGUUUUGCAUCAUUCCUAUUGAAGGUGGUCUCCAAUGGGGAACUACCACUCAACAUCCGCAUGUCUGCGGCUAUCUAUUUGAAGAAUAAAGUUCAAAAAUCGUGGAAGUCUGACACAAGUAAAGAAUCGGUUGAUGUUGACGACAUCACGUUGCAAGAAGGAAGCAUAAUUAAGGAAAAUAUCAUUCAAAUUUUGGUUGCCAAUUGCGAAAAUAACCAUAUUAGACCACAUCUCACCGAGGCUAUCCGCAUCAUUUUGAGCAGGACCAAUUCGUGGGAUAUGUCUGGCACAAUCAAUGGACUCCUAACGAGUGGGAAGGCCGACUAUACAUACACUGGGUUACUGUUGCUGUUCCAGAUGUGUAACGCUCAUAGGUACGACAUGUGUGGGCACAGAGAAUAUAUUGACAGUUUUAUUUCUGAUGUAUUCCCAACUGUUGAAGAAAUCCUUUCGCAACUGGUCAACCAAACAGACUACAGGUCGAGCGAGCUGUUGUACCUAAUUUUAAAAUCAUUCAAAUAUGCCUGCUUGAACAAUUUUCCUCAGUAUUUCAACAACGUUGAGAAAUUGAAUUCAUGGAUUCAACUGCAUCUCUUUAUCUGUGCAAAGCCGCUACCGAAAGAAGUGUUAGAUAUAGACGUUUCCGAUAGGUCAUUGGAUAAAAGAGUUAAGGUGAGUAAAUGGGGAUUUGGUAAUUUGAACAGGUUUAUCCAUCGUUACACGAAAUCCACCAAAAAUAUCUCUGAAGAGUUUGUUUCAUAUGUGUUCAAUCAGUUGGCCCCUACUAUUGUGCAAGAGUUUUUCAAGAUUAUUCAAAUUUGGUCAACUGGAUCCCUUUGGCUAUCUGAAUCUGCACUGUACCAUUUAAUUCAGUUUUUGGAGAAGUGCAUGGUCAACGACUCAUUAUACCCACUAAUCGAAUCUCAUUUGUCUCCAAUAAUUGAGUCUCUAAUAUUCACUUGUCUAUGUGCUAGCGACCAAUCUGUGACACUGCUUGAGGAAGAUUCGGAAGAAUAUACAAGACGUUAUUUUGAUAUGAAUAGAGAAGGUAGCACCGCAGAUGUUGCAUCGACAGACUUCGUUUUUGUCGUUGGACACAAGCGCCCUGAAAAGCUGAACUUUCUUUUGCCCUUCGUUAAUGAUAUUUUGAACAGUUUUGUUCAGAAUCCAAAUGAUUUGGCGAUCGCUUACAAACAAGAAGGCGCCAUGAGGAUGAUCUCCUCUUUGUUUACUUUUUUCAGCCAAGACCAAAAUUCUUUGGAGAGUUUGUUCAGUAACUACAUUGUUAACUUGAUUGGCGAGUCCAGGUAUCCGUUCUUAGUUGCCAGAGCUUUGGAAACUGUAGCCAAUUUCUCCUACGAGUUUAAGGAUUUGGGUACAUUAUCAAAGAUUUACGAAUUAACGUACCACAAUCUGCUGAAUAGUGAGGAGUUGCCUGUGCAGAUAGAGGCAGCUGAUGCAUUGAAGACGCUGGUCAUUUCCAACCCUCAGAUACACAGCCAUAUAUCCGGUCAAGUGCCCGGUAUCAUGGAAAAGUUGCUAAAACUUUCCAAAGAAUUUGAGAUCGACAUCCUUUCUGAGGUGAUGGAGGCCUUUGUUGAAAGAUUUUCUGACGAAUUGACACCUUUUGCUAAGGACCUGGCACAUAACCUUGCCGAUCAAUUCAUCAGGCUGGCACAAUCGAUGGUGGAAAGCUCCGCUUCAGGGUCUGUCUCUACAGGAGACCAGGACCAGGAGAUACAGGCUAGUUCUCUUCUGCAGACCAUGACUACCAUGGUGAUGUCCAUGAACAAGGUGUCCCUUUUGGAUGAAUUUGUCCCCGUUUGUAAAUUUAUCAUCCAGAGUGCUCAAAUUGUCAUCAUUACUGAGACUGUGGAUCUGAUGGAUGCAAUGACUUUAUCGUCGAAGUCACAAUUCCAACAAGUUGCACCACAGAUGUGGGAGUUGUUCCAUGACGUGUUGGACUCCUUCCAAACUUACGCCAUGGACUACUUUGAAUGUUACAACGUGUUUUUCGAAAGUAUAGUGCUGUUUGGGUUCCCGCAGGACCAGACCUACGUGGCACCCUUCUUACAGAUUCUUUCCGUUAAGAUGGAAUCUGAUAUUGACUACGAUGUAGAGAAUGUGUUUGAGCUGCUUCAAAUGUAUGCGUUGUCCAUGAAAGAUAUUCCUUUGUUCACGGAAGCUGUUAGAGUUGGGUUUGGUAAAGCCGCUGAUUUGGACGUUGACGCAAAAUCAAUAAUCAAGCUGUGUCUAGCCAAUUUGUUUGUGAGACCCACGGAGACUUUGCAAGUCCUUGAAUCACAAGGUGCGACACUGGAGAUGCUGAAGAUAUGGUACGACAACAAGUUCUGCAGUGUGUAUGCUGUGAAGCUGCAAAUAAUGGCCAUUCUGUCCCUUCUAAGGUUGAACGAGAUGCCCGGUAGCGUAUCCGGUUUUAUUGGUCAGUUUGCCAACAAACUUGUUGCGUUGGUGGAGCAGUUACCCAAGGCUAUUAGAAAGCGGGAUGUGAUGGCCUCCGGAGGCGAAAACCUAGCCGGUGGCGAUGAGGACGCGUUGGAACCUGAAGAGGAGGAAGAUUACUUUGAAGAUUUUGAGGACGAUUUCAAGGAGACGCCGUUGGACGAUCUGAACGCCUUUGACAGUGUUCAUUUGUUUUUCACAACUCUACAAGGUGAAAACCCAGAGAUGUACCAACAGAUAGUAGGACAGUUGACUGAGGAUAAGAGACACUCUCUCCAGGUCAUUCUCGAGUUUGUCUCCCAGAAGGCAUAG